AUGUGGGCGGCGGGGCGGCCUUGGGCUUCUUCUUUCCCUUCGCCCGCCCCGCUCCGCAAGGACCGCAGGGCCGGGUCUCCGCACUCCUCAGGCACCUUCUCCGUCCUCAUGGCGGGCACUCGGGGGCAGGGGCUGGAGAUGGUGGCGCUGUCUGUGUGCUCCCCGCCGCUGCCGCCGCCGAGCUGCAGCAAUUCCACCCUGUCGCUGUUGUCUCCCCUCGGCCACCAGAGCUUCCAGGAUGACGGUGCCGAGGAGGAUGUGGCUGCAGAAGUUCAGGACUCAGAGGCCAAGGUGGUGAGCCUGAAAGGGCUGAAGUUGCAGGGGUGCUCCAGCACUGCGGUUGAAUCAGAAGAUACCCAAGAAGAACAGAAACAGGUGCACUUACCAGAGAGCAGCCUGACACCAUGGGAAGUAUGGUUUGUUGGCAAAGAAAAGGAAGAACGUGACCGUCUGCAACAGAAAGCUCUAGAGGAAUUAAAUGAACAACUAGAAAAAAGAAAAAAAAUGGAAGAACGUGAAAAAAGAAAAAUAAUUGCUGAAGUGAAGCACAAGGAAUGGGUUCAGAAAAAGAAUGAACAGAAAAGAAAAGAAAGAAAACAAAAAGUUAGUAAAGAAAUGGAGGAAAAAGCAGCGAAGGAACUAGAGAAAGAGCAUUUGCAAGAAAAAGCAAAAGAAAAAUAUCAAGAAUGGCUAAAGAAAAAAAAUGCUGAAGAAUGUGAAAAGAAGAAGAAAGAAAAGGAAAAAGAAAAACAACGGCAAGCUGAAUUACAAGAAAAAAAAGAAACAGCAGAAAAAAAGUUUAAAGAAUGGUUGGAAAACUCAAAAAACAAACCUCGUCCAGCUGCAAGGAGCUAUGGUUAUGUCAAUGGAAAACUUACAGGCUUUUACAGUGGGAAUUCCUAUCCAGAACCAGCCUUUUAUAAUCCAAUUCCGUGGAAACCGAUUCAUAUGCCUCCUUCCAAAGAAGCUAAGGAUCUAUCAGGCAAGAAGAAUAAACGGCCUGUGAUAACUCAGCCACACCAGUCAGCCUCUCUAGUAGCUCAUAAAGCCAGGAGCAAUCUUUGCCUUGGAACCCUGCAUAGAAUACAGAGAUAGUGUAUGUGGGAAAGAGAUCAUAUGUUUUUAUUUGGAGCUAUUUAAAGGUAGAUAUCAUUUUUUUAUUACUUAAUCAGUACCUCAGUGUUUGCUGUAAUGACUGACAGAUUCCCAUUUUUACAUUUGCAUGUGGAGUCCUUAGAGUAAUUGAGGAAGAUGUUUCAUAUAUAUAUAUAUUUAUUUUUAUAAAUGUUUCAAGAUUGAUCUUGGCAUAUUGUUUUGCAAGAUAAGCGAUCAAAUCUUUAAUUAUGAAUUGUAUUUGUAUUUAGUGUGUAUUAAAGCUGAACUGUAAUACCAAUAAAGUCAAGAAUUUUUCUGGCC